GGAAGCAUGUUUCCAUUCGGACAUGUUACGGAUGCGGAUAUACAGGAAGUGGAUCACAACGUCGAUGGUGUGUUAGAAAUUUAGUUGUACAACUGCCCUCACUCGUUCAAACGCGUCUUUAAGUGAGAUUGUGAUCAUUUAACCGUUUGAAUCCGCGUUUAAGCGUGUGGAGAUGCCGAAGGUUGUGUCUAGGAGCGUCGUGUGUUCGGACACCAGAGACAGAGAGGAGUACGAUGACGGGGAAAAGCCCCUGCAUGUUUACUACUGCCUGUGCGGUCAGAUGGUUCUGGUGCUGGACUGCCAGCUGGAAAAACUUCCCAUGAGACCUCGAGACAAGUCCAGAGUGAUCGAUGCGGCCAAGCAUGCGCACAAGUUCUGCAAUGUGGAUCAGGACGAGAACACGUACAUCAAGAGAGCCGAGGGCAUCGAGAGACAAUACCGGAAAAAGUGCGGCAAAUGCGGUCUGUUUCUCUUCUAUCAGCACCUGGAGAAGAACCACCCGGCUGUCUUUAUCGUGGAUGGAGCUGUGGUUAAGUUCGGCCAAGGCUUUGGCAACACCAGCGUCUACAGCCAGAAGCAGCCGGAGGCUCCCAAAAAGGUUCGAGUCAUGAUGACGAAGAGAACCAAAGACAUGGGCAAGUUCAGCUCAGUGACUGUCUCCACUAUCGACGAGGAGGAGGAGGAGAUCGAAGCCAGAGAGGUCGCGGACUCUUACGCACAAAAUGCCAAGGUGAUUGAAAAGCAAUUGGAAAGGAAGGGCAUGAGUAAGAGGAGACUGCAGGAGCUGGCCGAGCUGGAAGCCAAGAGGGCCAAGAUGAAGGGGACCCUCAUUGAUAACCAGUUCAAAUAAAGACGCUGAUGCUGGACCACCCUGGUCCUUGUCUAACCUCAAGUUCUGCUGCGUCAUCUGUAAUGUGGACUAUGUAGGGGCCUUUAUUGGCUUGUUGAUCAGCGAUGAUGUUCCAAAUUAAGAUUUGUUCAAAGUUGUUUUUUUAAUGAAUAUUUUGUGAUUAAAAUUAU